AUGAUGCAAAAUCAACAUGAAGAACCAAAAUUAAUAGAGAUGCGUAACUAUUUAUUUAAAGAUAUCAGACGUAUUUCAACCAAAAAUGAAGAUAUGUAUAGAUUAUAUGAAAGAGCAAAGUUCAAAGUCGAACGUUGGAGAUGUCAUGAUGAUACAACGAACAUCGAAGACUUGUUUCUUCUCAAUGAUGUAAGAGAUUGGCAAUGUAAGCUCGAUGAUAAUGAGCGUUACUUAAUUAGCAAUAUUCUUGGUUUUUUCGUGAGCAUUGCAGGUAUUAUAAAUGAGAACAUCAUCACACAUUUCAUGUCAGAAGUGCAAAUACCUGAAGCUCGUACUUUCUAUAGCAUGCAGAUUGCUAUGGAGAAUAUUCAAUCAGAGAAAUAUAGUUUAUUAAUCGAUGCAUAUAUAAAAGAUACAGAUGAGAAAUCAAAGAUAUUCAAUGCAAUCGAAUCAAUUCCAUGUGUCAAGAGAAAAUGUGAAUGGCUGUUGAAAUCGAUGAACAAUUCCAAAUCACUCGCUGAGAGAUUGAUUGCAUUUGCUGCUGUGGAAAGUAUACUAUACUCUGCGAGUUUCUGUGUAAUACUUUGGUUCCAUAAGCGUUCUUUGAUGCCCAAAUUGAGCGAAUACUACUCUUUUAUCGUUAGCAAUGAAUAUACUCAUUGCGAGUUUGGACGUCUUCUCUACUCAAAACUAAUCAACAAGUUGGAUACCGAAAUGAUAGAAUCGAUCAUUCGUGAUGCUGUCGAUUGUGAGAAGCAAAUAAUGGAAUCAGAAACAGGAGAUAGUAUUUUCGCUCAACAACACAAGAUAGAGGUUACACCAGAGGUUGUCAAUCAUUUAAAGUCAACUUUGACCGAUGUCAAUCAACCGAUUGCCAAGAGAUUCAGAUCGUUGUUUACACUGAGAAAUCUAGGUGGUCGUUUAUCAAUAGAUGCAAUGUGCUCGGCUUUAAAGGAUGACUCUGCAUUGCUCAGACACGAGAUUGCUUAUUGUCUCGGUCAGAUGACUGACAGUCACGCAGUCGAUCAACUCAUCACAAUAGUGGGUGACCAGAAUGAACACCCAAUGGUCAGACACGAAGCUGCAGAAGCACUCGGUGCCAUCGGUGACACCACAGCAUACGAUACUCUCCGUCAACACGCCAACGACAUCACCAGAGAAGUUGCUGAAACCUGUCAACUUGCACUCAGUAGAUUAGAAUGGUAUACCAAAAAUGAACCAGAAUCAGUUGAGAAUAAAUCAUAUCUUUCGGUUGAUCCUGCACCCUCUUUACCAACUACAGUACCAUUUGAGGAGGUAAAGAAAGACUUUUUGAAUGGCGAAUUGGAUAUAUUUAAUAGAUACAGAGCUUUGUUUUCGUUGAGAGAUCGUGGUGAUGAAGCGUCGGUACUAGCGUUGUGCGAUGGCUUCAACGAUGAGAGUGCAUUGCUAAAGCACGAGGUUGCAUUCGUUUUGGGACAAUUACAACAUCGUGCUGCUUUACCUGCACUCACAACCGUAUUGAGAGAUGCCAAAGAAUCGGCUAUGGUUAGACACGAGGCUGCUGAAGCACUCGGUGCUAUUGCAUCGACCGAGACAGUGCCAUUGCUCGAAGAGUUUGUCAAAGAUGCUGAGCCAAUUGUCAGUGAGAGUUGUCUCAUCGCAUUGGAUGUCACCGAAUACUUUAAUAACACAGAAGAGUUCCAAUAUGCUGAUGGAAUUAAAAUAUUAUUAGAAAAGAAAAUGGAAAUCGUUUACUUUUUUAGUAUUCAUUGCCGAUUUUCAUGUCUACUCCACUCAAAACUAAUCAACAAGUUGGAUGCUGAAACGAUUGAAUCGAUCAUUCGUGAUGCUGUCGAUUUUAUGGUUAUUUAUAUAACCGGUUGUGAUCGUUAUCAUAAACUAUGUCAAGAUCACGAUUUAAAUAGAAGUUCUAACAAUAACAAUAAUCACAAUGCUCGUCCAAACAAUUGUUUCAACAGUGGUUCCAUGGUGAUUGUCAAGCCCCCUCAAGAACCUCCAUCGAAUUCUAAUAACAAUUGUGCAUCGGGUUCUUCGGAUUCAUGUUUGUUGACAAGAGUAACUUUCAAGGUUGAUACUCCGCUCGGUGAACUUCCAGCAAAUCAAGUCGUAGCAAUCAUUGGUGAUUCUUUAGAGAUUGGAAAUUGGAAUGUUAAAGGUUCAAUAGAAUUACAAGUUACUGAACAAAAUGAUACUCAUUUAGUUUGGACAACUACAAUUAUUUUUCCUACUUCAACAAAAAUUAAUUAUAAAUAUAUAGUGGUCAACAAGUCUAGAGUACCUUCAUUACUUGUGGAAUGGGAGGCAGCAAAAGGAUCUUCUAGGUCAAUCACUGUAGAAGGAAAGGAUAUGUUUGUUAACGAUGGUAUAUUUGGUGUAUUGGGAUCUGCAUCACAACCUUGGAUUGGACGUGGUUGGUUACCAGAAAAUGAAACUCAACUGCGUGUUCAACUUCAAGUAGACGAAAACCCAGUUAAAUUAUACAACGAAAAUUACUCUCAAGCAAACUUAAUUUUAAGAAUACAUGAUCCAUAUGGUCUAAGUCAAGACUUCCAAUUACCAUUAUUAAAUUAUUCAGAGUUGGUAUUACAUGCACCUUCAGUUGAACAACUUGGAUUCUCAGCAAGUAUCAUUGCCAUCAAUCAAAAUGGUGCAAGUUCACCUGGUAUAUUGCCUGGUGAGCUGAUUGGCAGAGUAUUCAUCAUUUCAAGUCAGAUCACAAAUAAGUGGGGAAAGAUCUCUGCACCAAUUCUUACAGAGAAAGGUAUCAUUGGAGAGUUUAGAUGUAAUUUCAUUGUUGUCUUGCCAUUCGUCCACCCACUGAACUCAUUGAGUGUAUUAUGGCACUCAUUCGUUGAGCAUCCAAAUUCACUUAUCGGUCAUAGAGGUAAUGGAAAAAAUAAUUUUGGUAUCAAUACAAGUGCUGUUACUGAGAACACAAUUUUAAGUUUCCUUACCGCUGCAAGAUUCGGAGCAAAAAUGAUAGAGUUUGAUUUACAAUUGACAUAUGAUAAUGUACCAGUUAUUUUCCACAAUUAUGAAAUCGAUAUUGAAACAUCAGAGGGUGUAAUAAUGCAAGAAACAAUCAAUAGAUUAACAUUGGAACAAUUCUUAAGACUUAAACCACAGAAAAAAGUUGACCAAAUAUCAAAUGCAAUUAGUCAUAUGAAGAAACACAGACUAUCUAGAAGUACAGGAGAUCUCUUUUCUGUAUCAGACAAAGAUUCUUUCAAUCCACUGCUAUCGACAACACAACCAUAUUCCAAUGUUAUUCAUGACAGAUAUUCAACUUUCCAAGAGGCUUUCACAUUUGUUCCACACGAUGUCGGAUUUAUGGUGGAAAUUAAAUAUCCAAAUCUCUUAAUGCAAAAUCUAAGAAAGUUUUCAGCUCCAGAGCGUAAUGAAUUUGUAGAUAUCAUUUUGAAUAUUGUAUUUAAUGAAGCAGGUGAAAGAAGAAUUGCAUUUUUAACGUUUGAUCCAGAUAUUGCUAUCCUUUUACGAACCAAACAAUUCAGAUACCCAGUGUUGUUUUUGGUUUGCAGUGAUACUCCAAGCUUUUAUAGUGUAUUCGACCCAGACGUAAAUGUAAAUGAUUCUCGAGGUAAUUCCAUUCUCAAUGCUGUUUCGUUUGUAAAGACUGUGAAUCUAGAUGGUAUCGUUUGUGAUUCAGAAUCUAUUUUGCAAAAUCAUUCGUUUGUUAAAACCGUUCACCAAGAGAAUCUGUUAUUAUUUACAUAUGGUAGUAAAAAUGUUGAUGCAAAUAAUGUAAAGAUUCAAAACGAUUUAGGAGUAGAUGGCAUUAUUGCCGAUAACUUGACCAAACUGAGUAAAAAGCUACGUGAGGAAGAGAACAGUAUUGUUUCUGCUGCUCUUGUCUAA